AUGGGGUCCCCAGAAGCCUACACAAAGAUCGGCAUGACCAAACCAUGUGUCCAACAGUCGUUGGACUCUGGGUUUGGCUGUCCUGAGGGUCACUUCUGGGAUGGCCUGGUGAGGAAGUGUCUGACCUGUCAGAUGGUCUGCCAGCAGCCUCACCACCACCUCAGAUGCAUCGAGUACUGUGUUUCUCUAGGGUGUAAGGCAGUCCCAGGGCAGUACUACGACAGGCUGUUGAAGAAGUGUCUGACGUGUGCUGUCGUGUGUGGCAACCAUCCCUCAGAGUGUUCUCACCAAUGUCAGACCCAACAGCCUGACUUGAGUGCAACCUUGAGGCCUGUGGAUGGGACAGUCUUCCAGAAACCUACCACCAAGGGGGACUCCCUACUCAGUGGUGUGCCUAACUCAGUCAUCCUGGUGUACUCUCUGCUGGGCUUGUGUCUGGCUCUGCUGCUGUUGACCCUGUCUUUGGCCCUGCUUGUGCUGCUGAGGAGGGCCAGUGUCAGAGGUCCCCGACCAGGGGCCACACAGAGCAGUCCCACCCAGGGCCGUGGAAGCCAGGAGGCCCAAGAGCCUAACCAGCACAGCAAGUCAUCCAAAGACAACCUGAUGGAUCCAUCCCUGCCCAAGCUGAACAGUGUGACAGCGGGCCGUUCGUCCAGCCCAAUAGAGACCUGUGUGUGUGUCCACUGCUUCCCUGACCUCAGAGUGCCUGGCAGAGGUGAGAAGCAGCAGAGACCCCCUCUCACCCUCUACCAGCAGGCUGUCUCCCAGGACCUCCACACUCCUACCAGACGACUCACUUGUGGAUCAUCAGAAAAAAUAAUCUGCUCCCCCUCUCAGCCUAGCUUCUGACCGGAGCAGAACUGAAACCGACUGGACACUACGGCAAUCAUAGAAAUCCUAUUAAAUUACUAGAGGGGCUAUGUCAUAAACCCUCAAAGUUCCAUAAUGGGGUGAAAAUGGCAGCAAUCUUGGUCAGGAAGAAAUACAAAACCAGUCUAAUUGGAAUGAAUGGCAGAGGCAUAGGUGAUGCAUUUCCUGCUUUUACUGAUGCAGGAAAACAAAAGUAAGGCAGGUGAUGUAUUAGAAAUUGUGUAAUGUAAUUAUAGUCACCCUAAAAUAGUGUUGUAAUUCUAAAAACAUUUGAUACUAGUUUUAUACCAAUUUUCUGUACAAAUACCUUCUAAAAUACAUGUAAACAGACCAUACGUCUUAGUUCUCUUGAAAAACGGUGUGCUACUCUAUGAUACAAUAUCAGUACUUGUUGCAUUUAGGUCUCAGUCAUAUCAACUGAUUUGAGUCAGUGUAUAGCUGUGUAUUGUCUGCCUUGUUUGAAUGGAAUGUUUGCUUGUUGGCAGUUAAUUAGACACAUGUAUGGUGUCAUUCCUCAAAAACUGGUUGGCCAGCUAGCUAGCAAACACCCAUACUGUCAUGCUGUCAUGUUUCACCUGUCCUUGUGAUUGUCUCCACCCCCUCCAGGUGUCGCUUAUUUUCCCCAGUGUAUUUAUCCCUGUGUUUCCUGUCUCUUUGUGCCAGUUCGUCUUGUAUGUUUCCAAGUCAAACAGCGUUUUUCCCGUUCUCCUGCUUUUUGCAUUCUCCUUUUUCUAGUCCUCCUGGUUUUGACUCUUGCCUGUUUCUGGACUUUGUACCCGCAUGUCUGACCAUUCUGCUUGCCUUGACCACGAGCCUGUCUGCCACUCUGUACCUCCUGGACUCUGAUCUGGUUUUGACCUUUUGGCCUGUCCACGACCAUUCUCUUGCCUACCCCUUUGGAUUAAUUAACAUUGUAAGACUCCAACCAUCUGCUUACUGUGUUAGCACGUUGGUCUCACCUUGUGCCUUGGUACACACAGAGCGGAUCAAUUCUUCACAUUCAUUGUUUUACACAAUAUCUUAUCACAGCACUGGCAAACCAAGGUUGACCAUGACCAUCAUGGCUGACCUUUGGACCAUCAUGAGGUUCAUGGCCAUUCUAGUAUUAUAAUUCUAUUAUAAUCGCAAUAAAACAACCCUAGACAGAUGACACGCCCACUCCAGGGUAGUUUCCACUAGGUACAGAUCUAGGAUCAGCUUGCCCUCCACAAUCCUAACCUGAACCAUUAGGAGGAAAAAAACAGUAACUCUAAACUGUCCCAAGAUCAGCCACAUCUAUGGUGAACUUCACCUGGCCUACACCAUGCAGACCAGAAACAACUGUGAUGUGAUAAGUCUGGAGAGCAGAAAUUAAAUAGGUGGUAAAGGAUACACAAUAAAUGGUAUUGAGGGAGUAACAGAGAACAUGAUUUAUGCCUGUAUGUACUCACCCCAAAUGACACCCGCUGCAUCUCUCGGGAGACAUUCACAUGUGGGUGGCCUCCUUGUGCCAUGAUUCAGCAAAGACCUCCAGUAAGUCUUGUAGAAGUUAAUAAAACCCUGACGGACACGA